AUGAUAUCAGAGCUUCUGGUUGUUAUACAACAAGUGGAGGAUAUCAAAUACUCGAUGCAUUUGAAGACUAAACAUAUAGCUCUUCGUUAUCACUUCAUCAAAGAUCAUGUGGAGGAUGGAAAUAUUGAAGUACAUUUCGCAAAAACAACUGAUCAGUCGGUUGAUAUUUUCACGAAAGCUUUGGAUGCAAAAUCGUUUGUACGAAUUUUGGAAAGACUGGGAAUGAUUAAUGGAAAUUCAAUUCCAUGCGAAAAAGACAAACAUUUAUUAGAAGAAAGAGACAAAGCAAAAUCAUUCAUCAUUCAGAGUGAAGAAGAGACGAAGACUAAACGAUCAAAGAACGUUGCUGCUAAAUCUUCUGAGAAAUUUGUCAAAGAAUCUAAAUCUAAAAAGAGUCCGAAGAAUUUACCGAUUACAGAAGCUGAGCCAAUCAAACCCGAAGUUGUUGUUGCUGAUACCCCAUCCACUCAAAAGGAAAUCAUUCAUUCGAAUACUGGAGUUUCGCACCAAGGAGUUAUCUUUCUUGAGAUUCCUGCACCUGCUUCACCAUCAUCUAAGAAUCGAAGGGCAACUGGUAUGGCCAAACACAUAUCAAAGAAGAAGAAGAACAAGAAGAGUAGGGUGAUCAUCUCAUCAGAGCCUACUGCUGAUGAAAAUGAAACAAUUCCAAAAACACCAGAAGCUGAUCUUCUGAAAGAUUCUUCUCAUCUUGCAUCAGCUGAUGUAAUACCACCCGAAGCUUCGGUUGCCAAGACAAUUUCUGUGGAGGCACUAUCUUCUUAA